CCGGCGCGGCGCGAUGAGCGGGCCCGGGGCGCGCGGUCUGCGGGUGGACGGGCUGCCGCCGCUGCCCAAAAGCCUGAGCGGGCUGCUGCACUCGGCGGCGGGCGGCACGGCGGGCGGCUGGCGGCACCUGGAGCGGCUCUACGCGCAGAAGUCGCGCAUCCAGGAGGAGCUGAGCCGGCGGGGCGCGGGCGGCGGCGGGGCGCGGGCAUCGGGGCCGCGAGCCAAGCCCCCCAACCUGGACGCCGCUCUGGCGCUGCUGCGCAAGGAGAUGGUUGGCCUCCGCCAGCUGGAUAUGUCCUUGCUCUGCCAGCUGUACAGCCUCUACGAGUCCAUCCAGGAGUACAAGGGGGCAUGGCAGGCUGCUUCCAGCCCUGACUGCCCUUAUGCACUGGAGAAUGGCUUCUUUGAUGAAGAGGAGCAGGAGGACUUCCGGGAGCAAGCCUCCCUCCAUGAAGGCAGGGCCCGAGGUCCUCCUGGAGAUCUGCCGCUGCCUGUCUCCUCCCUCUCCAGCAGCAACUGGAUUCUGGAGUCCAUCUAGGGCCUUGGGGUGGCUGGGGUUAGAAUGUGGGUUUGAAGCUAAUGCUGUCAGCAUCAGCUUCGUCUCCUGCAGGAAAGUACUUUGCCCUCUCAGUGGACAGUCCAUGGCAUCUGGGAUGGAUGCCACCAGUUUAUCUUGUGGGUAGGGAGUUUGCUGACAUACCGUGGCAGCUGGGUGCUGCAGUAUCUGCUUGGGUGACCAAGAGGUACUGAGAAUGUCCUUGGCUCUCUUGUGUGAGGCACACCUACUAGAGAUUCACAGGCUGUAACAAGGGGUGCAGUAGGAGGCCAACUGUGCAGUCUGUGAGGUGACUUUUAGCCGGUCCCUUCCUCAUCGAGGGUAGGUUCACAUCCUCUUUGUGUUAGUGUCACUGUCUCCUCCUUCAGUGUGGCCUACAGCUUCCCUUACUGCUUAAUGAGUUUUUCAGCCUUUGUCCAACCUUAUUUAUUUGUGAACUGUAUCCCUAACUGUCCAGGUGACUUGCAAAAUCUUUCUACUGAAAAAGCAAACACUGCCUCCACACCAGUAAGCUGCCUUAUCUCAGCCUAUUUGCUGCCCCUUCAUCAGGUAGAGGAGUAAGGGAGAUAAUAGGGAGAGGUCUGUUGAGUGGGGAAAACCCAAACUGGAACAAGCUAAUGUUUUCUAUCAUUCACUGUAAGAUGGCAGAUGUUUGUUUCCAAAGACUCUGAAUGUAGACUAGUAUGUUAGAAAGCAAACCACACGCUCCACUCAAAACAGUGAUUACGUUAUGCUUUAAUUUAUUAAAACACUUCAUGAGAACUUUAUACUUUGUAGAUUAAACUUGUGGAUAAAAAUGAUAAA